GCACCGCCCAGCCCGCCGCGGGGGCUCGGCUCCCGCAACUUUGGGCGAAGCGGCGGCGGGUUCCGGCGCCCUCGGGGACCGCUGUCCACCCAGGCGUCCCAGGCUCGGCGACUUUCGUCUCGAGGGUAGGGCGGCGAUCUGGGCGGAGAACGUGUCCCGGACCCUGCUCUGCGCCUCUUAGACCCGCGCGCGGCCGCUCCUCGGGGACAGGCAGGGUGCCCUGCGCGCUGUGUCGGGAAAGGGGGCGCCCUACGCCAGCCAGCACCAGAGCGGGCGUGCCCUCGGGGGAGACUGCCGAGCGAUGGCCCUGAGGCUGGGGUGAAGCGGGAGGCCACCCGAACCUCCCUAGCCUUCUCAACAUGCAGAAGAGCGUGCGCUACAACGAGGGGCACGCCCUGUACCUGGCCUUCCUUGCACGCAAGGAGGGCACCAAGCGCGGCUUCCUGAGCAAGAAGGCGGCGGAGGCGAGUCGCUGGCACGAGAAGUGGUUUGCUCUUUACCAAAAUGUGCUCUUCUACUUCGAGGGCGAGCAGAGCGGCCGCCCGGCGGGCAUGUACCUCCUGGAGGGCUGUAGCUGCGAACGGACACCCGCGCCACCCAGGGCCGGCGCCGGACCUGGAGGGGCCCGGGACACUCUGGACAAGCAGUAUUACUUUACUGUUCUUUUUGGCCAUGAAGGUCAGAAGCCACUGGAGCUGCGCUGUGAGGAGGAGCAGGAUGGUAAAGAGUGGAUGGAGGCUAUUCACCAAGCCAGUUAUGCAGACAUUUUGAUUGAGAGGGAAGUCUUAAUGCAGAAGUACAUUCAUCUAGUCCAGAUCGUAGAAACGGAAAAAAUUGCAGCUAACCAACUCCGACAUCAACUUGAAGAUCAAGAUACUGAAAUCGAAAGGCUUAAAUCAGAGAUUAUUGCUCUUAAUAAAACCAAGGAACGAAUGCGCCCUUACCAAAGCAACCAAGAAGAUGAGGAUCCAGACAUCAAGAAGAUUAAAAAGGUUCAGAGCUUCAUGCGAGGGUGGUUGUGCAGAAGGAAAUGGAAGACCAUUGUGCAAGACUACAUUUGUUCUCCUCAUGCUGAGAGUAUGAGGAAGAGAAACCAGAUCGUGUUCACCAUGGUGGAGGCCGAGUCCGAGUACGUGCACCAGCUCUACAUCCUGGUCAAUGGGUUCCUGCGGCCCCUGCGGAUGGCCGCCAGCUCCAAGAAGCCGCCCAUCAGCCACGACGAUGUCAGCAGUAUUUUUCUCAACAGUGAAACCAUCAUGUUUCUCCAUGAAAUAUUUCACCAAGGACUAAAGGCAAGGAUUGCAAACUGGCCUACUUUAAUUUUAGCUGAUCUGUUUGAUAUUUUGCUCCCCAUGCUGAACAUUUAUCAAGAAUUUGUGCGAAAUCACCAGUACAGCCUCCAAGUCCUUGCCAACUGUAAGCAAAACAGAGAUUUUGACAAACUCUUAAAACAAUAUGAAGCCAACCCUGCCUGUGAGGGGAGGAUGCUGGAAACGUUCUUGACCUAUCCAAUGUUUCAGAUUCCCAGGUAUAUCAUCACACUGCAUGAACUCCUGGCUCACACACCCCAUGAACAUGUGGAAAGGAAGAGUCUGGAGUUUGCUAAAUCAAAGCUAGAGGAGCUGUCCAGGGUGAUGCACGAUGAAGUGAGUGACACAGAAAAUAUAAGGAAAAACCUUGCCAUCGAAAGGAUGAUAGUAGAGGGCUGCGACAUUUUGCUGGACACUAGCCAGACUUUCAUCCGCCAAGGUUCUCUUAUACAAGUACCUUCUGUUGAGCGGGGGAAACUUAGUAAAGUUCGCCUGGGUUCACUGUCUUUGAAAAAGGAAGGAGAGAGACAGUGCUUCUUAUUUACAAAACACUUUUUAAUUUGUACAAGAAGUUCAGGAGGAAAACUGCAUCUGCUCAAGACAGGUGGGGUCCUCUCUCUCAUAGAAUGUACAUUGAUUGAAGAGCCUGAUGCAAGUGAUGAUGACUCCAAAGGUUCUGGGCACAUGUUUGGACACCUGGAUUUUAAGAUAGUGGUGGAGCCUCCUGAUGCUGCCUCUUUCACUGUGGUCUUAUUAGCACCUUCGCGCCAGGAGAAAGCUGCCUGGAUGAGUGACAUCAGUCAGUGUGUGGACAAUAUACGAUGUAAUGGUUUAAUGACUAUAGUAUUUGAAGAAAAUUCCAAAGUUACUGUGCCACAUAUGAUUAAGUCUGAUGCCCGUCUUCAUAAAGAUGAUACAGACAUUUGCUUCAGUAAAACCCUUAACUCCUGCAAAGUGCCCCAGAUCCGUUAUGCCAGCGUGGAGCGUCUCCUGGAGCGGCUGACUGAUUUGCGGUUUCUGAGCAUCGAUUUCCUCAACACCUUCCUGCAUACGUAUCGCAUUUUCACCACGGCCACUGUGGUGCUGGCGAAGCUCUCUGACAUAUACAAGAGGCCCUUCACCUCCAUCCCUGUCAGGUCACUGGAAUUGUUUUUUGCUACCAGUCAGAACAACAGAGGUGAACAUUUGGUGGAUGGAAAAUCCCCACGUUUGUGUCGCAAAUUCUCUUCGCCACCACCACUGGCAGUGUCCAGAACAUCCUCCCCAGUGAGGGCCAGAAAGCUGUCCUUGACUUCUCCCUUGAACUCAAGGAUCGGAGCCUUGGACCUGACCACCUCCUCGACAUCCAGCAGUCCUACCACCACCCAUAGCCCCGCAGCAUCCCCACCGCCGCACACUGGUAAAGUACCCUUGGAUCUUAGCAGAGGCCUCUCUUCUCCAGAGCAAAGCCCGGGAUCCGUGGAAGAGAAUGUAGACAACCCCCGCGUGGAUCUGUGUAACAAGCUAAAACGAAGUAUCCAAAAAGCAGCAGUCUUGGAGUCUGCCCCAGCAGACCGAACAGGAAUGGAAAGCUCCCCAGCAGCAGAUGCCACAGAACUUUCACCUUGCAGGUCCCCCUCGACUCCCCGGCACCUCCGCUAUCGCCAACCUGGAGGACAGACAGCUGACAAUGCCCACUGCUCUGUUUCACCAGCUUCUGCUUUUGCAAUUGCCACGGCAGCAGCAGGACAUGGGAGUCCACCAGGGUUUAACAACACCGAGAGAACAUGUGACAAAGAGUUUAUCAUACGGAGAACAGCCACCAACAGAGUCCUGAAUGUCCUCCGUCACUGGGUAUCAAAGCAUGCACAGGAUUUUGAACUCAACAAUGAACUAAAGAUGAAUGUCCUAAAUUUGCUAGAAGAAGUCUUACGAGACCCAGACCUUCUUCCCCAGGAAAGGAAAGCCACAGCCAAUAUCCUGAGGGCCCUUUCACAAGAUGAUCAAGAUGACAUUCACCUAAAAUUAGAAGACAUAAUUCAAAUGACUGACUGUCCAAAGGCCGAGUGCUUUGAGAGCUUAUCAGCUAUGGAGCUGGCUGAGCAGAUCACCCUCCUAGACCACGUCAUUUUCAGAAGCAUUCCUUAUGAAGAGUUUCUUGGACAGGGAUGGAUGAAGCUGGAUAAAAAUGAAAGAACACCUUACAUUAUGAAAAACAGCCAACACUUUAAUGAUAUGAGUAACCUGGUGGCCUCCCAGAUAAUGAAUUACGCUGAUGUCAGCUCCCGUGCCAACGCCAUCGAGAAGUGGGUGGCGGUGGCGGACAUUUGCAGAUGCCUGCACAACUACAAUGGCGUGCUGGAGAUCACCUCGGCCUUAAACAGAAGUGCCAUCUACAGGCUGAAGAAAACCUGGGCCAAGGUGUCCAAGCAGACAAAAGCUCUAAUGGACAAACUUCAGAAGACUGUUUCAUCUGAAGGAAGGUUUAAAAAUCUCAGAGAAACCCUUAAAAAUUGUAACCCCCCAGCAGUUCCUUACCUUGGAAUGUACUUGACAGACUUGGCAUUUAUUGAAGAAGGAACACCCAACUUUACCGAAGAAGGCCUUGUCAAUUUUUCCAAAAUGAGAAUGAUAUCACACAUUAUCCGGGAGAUACGACAGUUCCAGCAGACUGCCUACCGAAUAGACCAUCAGCCAAAGGUCACACAGUACUUGCUUGACAAAGCCCUCAUCAUAGAUGAAGAUACGCUUUAUGAGCUGUCACUAAAAAUUGAACCUCGACUCCCUGCUUGAAGAUCUGGCCUUGCCCCGAGACCUCGGCGUUUCCAUGGAAAGGGAACAGUCAGAACUGUGCAUGCCAUGCCUCACACGGUGCAGCGGGGACUGGGGAAAGGUGAAGCCAGUCUCCUGUCUCCAUUGAAGAAGAUGGAACUGGACUGAGCCAACCCCAGCUGUGUGGGUCAAAGUCAGCUGCUUCAGCCCUGGGUGGGAAGAUGAAAAGACUGAUACUGUAAAGCUGAUGGUGCAUUUUAUGUAAGGGAAUGUAAGAUGGGAGAGGCUUGUAGCCACUUUCAUGAAGCUGGUAAGAAGGUAAAUUUCCCUCUGCCCCUUGUUCUGUUAGAACCUGGGGACAAGGGCCCACAGAAAAGACCUGUGAUGUUUCUCUGGCACUUCACUGGCCUGGGCACACCUGCCAAUCUUCUCCUAGGGUUUAACUGCUUCCAUGACACUUCUUUCCAUUACAAGCUUCACAGGAAAGCCGAAGCCUCCUCUCUAGGGCCCACACAUCAGCAGUGCCAGUCUAUAGCAUGUGCAUGGUUCUCAGUGCAUUAUAAAUAUUUAUAUUUGAGGAAUGGUAUGUUCUGAAACUGCCUUUUCAGUCUUUAGGCAACAGGACAGGAAAAAAAAAAGAGAUAAAACUCUAGUGGAUUUGUUGGUAACAUUUCCUUAAUUUAAAACAUUAGGCUGUGCCCCAGAGGAUUUCAGCCUGUGGCCAUCUUGGGGUGAGAGUGGGGGCUUCUUCCUGAGAUUGGUGGUCCCAAGAAGCUACCCACUUGGAGAGGCAGCUGCAGAAUUUGCAGAAAGGUGCAUGCCACCUCACCGACAAAACUGUGGAACAAGAUCAAAGGCCACCAAGUGCUAUGGGGAAUAAUGGGUUUCAUUGCUAAGUGAAAAUAUAUACCUAAAAACCAUCUUUGUACCUCGUUUUGCUUGUUUCCUUUUCUCUGAUAGUAUGAUAGGAAUCUUUUGAUUUACACAAACCCUUUUUUUUUUUAAAGGCUCACUAUGAGCAUGGAUUGUAUUUUUUAAAAACUGUUUCAUGGGAUUUUCUUUUGAAAACCCACACUUCCAUGUGCUGUUGGUAGACAAUCCUCCCCCACCCCAGCCAUCUUUGUUUAAAAAUGGUUUUGAGAUCUUUCUGAGUGAGAAUUCUGUAACUGCAUGGGAAAAAUGGGCCCAAUGACCCAACAGCUCUCACAGCAGAAAGCCAAUUUCAGAGGUUAGUCCUGCUGCCCAUGGCUGGGAAUGUGGCCUCAGUUUUAUGGAGAUUGUCAGUUGUAGAGGAAACAGGGCUAUUUUAUCGUUUACCUCCCUCUUCUCUUCUCAGGGAGACUACUGCUUUAAAAGAAGAAAACACAACAGAGUUAUUAUUACCUGAGCCUGUUGUACCUGACAUUUGCUCUUGAAAGCAUGAAGCUUAUUGAUGCUAACAAUGAAAAAUGGAUCUCUCUGGCUGUUUUCCCUCUUCUUUGCACUUUAAUUUUUUGGUAGAGCUAACAGCUGAUUAAUAAGUUUCCGUUAGCUCUUAAGACCCCAUGGAAGAGCUGGCAUUGAUAACGUAUCAUAGAAGUAAAGAAGGUACUUUUUUUUUUUUUUUGCACAGUAAGGGCCAUCUCUGUACAUACUACAUAGUGAAAUAUCAAAUAAGGAAAAGAAAGUAUUUAUAAUAUAUGAAAACCAUUCCAAAAAUAUUUUCUGUAGCUCAUAUUAGCCAACAGUGUAGCAUUAGGCCCAAGGAGGGUUCAUUAUGGAUGCUUUACUUUUCUUUUUUCUUUUUAAAAAAUUGCUUGUUUGUUCUCUUUAGUUUCAGACAAGAGAUUGACUGCAUCUUGAUGCAUGAUGAGAAGCAUGGAUGUUGGAUUCUAAUCAUGCACACCUUGUGAUUUAUUUCUCAGUGUUCAGAAACCAAGGGUUUGAAAAAAUAUGUGUCAAUUGCACCAAACACCUCAUGUUCUCGCAGAAGAAAAGCUAGGCAAAGGUUAGCUUUCUUGAUUCAAAAAGAAAAAAAAAGUGUUGGAAGGUGAGCAAAAACCAGGACAAAUUCACGAGAGGACCACGCACAUACUUGGUACCUAGCUUCAGGCAAAGCACCACAUGGAAAAAUCAAUGAGUUGUACCCUGCCCUGGAGUCCUAUGGCCUUCUGAAGGGGAAGGGAUGCCUCUAUGUGCACUUUCCUUGGAAGUUUGAACCCCAUUUCUCUGACCCAGCUGUUCCAGAGGCACUGCCAUUUUUAUAUUAAAAAAAAAUGAAAGGAGUUUCAAAUGCUCCUCCUCUUUUGCAAUGCAGCUUUUCCUCACAGUGACAAAACUUCUGAGCCUAAUUUCUGUAGCAUGUUGGAAGUGCCUCCCAGUGGUCAGACGUGACUUUUAGCAUUUUAUUGAGUUCAAUGCUGACUUUUAGAGUUAUCUUGAGUCACAUGGCCCUCCUGUUUCGUUUCCUACAGCUUGAAGGAGAGAACUCCACCUCCAAGAGAGUUCCCUUUGACAAGCUGCACUAUUUGUGGGUCAGCUGAGAUAGAAACACAUGUUUAAAAUAAGAAUCAACAACACAACAACAACAACAACAACAAAUCCUCAAUUUGGUCACACUUAAAAUUCUCCAGAGCAAUUUAUGUUGUCUCUUCUGACUGUUAAAGUCUUGAUCCUCCUCUCCUCCCAAGCUUUGUGUGUAUUGUGGCACACAGCGCAUGCUUGCCAGGCUCAGACCCCUAUAUUCUAUUCCGGGAGACCGGUUCUAGGAGUAGGAGGUCAGCCUCUAUGAGCCAAGUAACAAACAUGUAUACUACAAACUUAACCCAGAAACUCAGAAGUAAAAUCCAAUUUCAUGCUUUCAAAUGAAUACUCACAUUUUAUGCUGUCAAUAGAGUCAUCUUGAGGUUUUUAGGGGAUGCCUUUGGUUAUUAACUAAGACUUUCAGUUUUGCCACAGGGAGAAGUCUUUUACCUAAGCUGAUAUACUUUCUGACAGAGUCAGGCAUGAAAUAGAACAUUGUCACUUUUCCUUAGUGUUUCUGUGAAGGAAUUUAAAGAGGAAAUUUUAAACUGCUCUUGCAGGAUUUUCAAGCUGCUCUCACAAUAUCUCCAUUGCUGGCAAAUUUCAGAGGACCUUAGGGCACUGUUUAUAGACAAGUGAAACUCAUGGCUACUGGAUAAUUUGGAAAAGAAAAUCCAUUAUGUGCCUAUUUGGAAGGUGUGGUGAAUCAGCAGCUCUUCUCUCACAUUGUGAGACAAGACCUCGGGCCAGCAAGGAGUUGGCAGCUUUAAAGUUCUUAAAAGAAGUAGUGCAGUAAAGAAGUUAUUCCUAAUAAAGUUAAAUUUUAUUUGUAAGCAAAGGAUUUCCUUACUUUUCCACGUUUCAUUUUAUUCCCUCUGAAAAAGAAUCUCUCUCUUUAUUUUGAACUCAAGUGCAAGUUUUCUUAAAAACCUGCAAAAAACUUUACACUGGGUGUGGUGGCAUACAUCUGUAUUUCUUGCUACUCAGGAAGCUGAGGAUGGAGGUCUACAAGUUUGAGCCCAGUGUAGGUAACUUAGUGAGAUCCUGUCUCAAAAUAAAAAAGGGCUGGGGAUGUGGCUCUGUUGGUGAUCAUUUGCUUUGCAUGACUAAAACCCUGGGCUCAAUCUCCAGUACUGAAAAAAUAAAAUAAAUAAAUAAAUACAAGAAAAAGAUAAUCUCUUGUUUAUGGCCAGAUUACAUGUCCACUGGCAGAAGGAAUCAGUAAAUGAGAUUCAUUUUCAUUUAUGUAAGAAAUUUUGUAAGUCUAAAUAUUGACUUAUUUACCACUGUAUGAUUCCUGGUAGUAAAUCUAAUCAAAAUGUCAGUUCUCAGUGCCCACUGGUGACUUAAAAUUAAGAAGGGCAGAGUAAAAGUGGGACACAGUCUUCUUGUACUAGGUGUAAACACAUGAAUGAUUCCAAAAAUCAUUCAUCUCAGGUGCCACACAGCAUGACAUUGACAUUAGGAUUGAUUGUACUGAUCUAAUCUGCUCGAGAAAAAUGAAAGUUCUACUUAAUGAUGUUGAACCACUGUCUUUCACACAAUCCAUUUCAACUUUCAUUAGAAAGCUGGUUGUGAAAGGGCACUGGACCAGGCAUCCCUGCCCUGAGUCCUAGCCCAAAUCUGCAUCCACUAGCUGGAAAACCUUAGGCCAGUGUUUACACCUCUCUGAGCCUCAGUUUCCUCAUCUGUAAAAUGGGGUUCAUCGUAAUUUCUGUGCUGUCUACCUCACAGGGCUGUCGUGAGGACAAAAUGGCUUAGAAUGUAAACUGUAAAGUGCUGUCCAAAUGUGAGGUAACCUGAUUACCACCCUCAGCUCUCUUUUGCAGAGAAAUUAAAUGUAUUUCUUUAUUAUUUGUGUGUGUGUGUGUGUGUGUGUGUGUGUGUGUGUGCGUGCGUGUGAUGGAGAAACACAUGUCAGUUGGAGAAGCAUAUUGUGUCCAGUACUUAGCAAAUCUGCUGAUAUUUGUGAUUCCGACAGAGGAGUUUGUGCUGUGGCCUAACAUUUGCCAAGUGAGGUGUAAGUUAUGCCUAUAUGCAAAUUAAACUGCGCCUUUCUUGAAUA